AUGAGUCAGGCCCUUGGGCACACAGUGGUUCUGGAUUUAUUGCAAGAGCUAGUGGUCAAAACACCCAGAAAACUUCAAAGAGCUGGAAUGGUCAAGGAGAGGAAGUAUAAAGGGAAGCAAGAGUAUGACAUUGUGAUACAGCAGACUAGGGAGGAGAAAUCUCUGACUGUUUCUGCAGGAAACUGGGGAAUGCUGUCUCAGCUGGCUGCUAGCAGCAGUCUCUGGUUUCUGAAGCAGGGGUGUGUAUGCCUUAAGGGCGUCUCUCCUAUUUCCAUGAGUCAGGGUGAGGAAACAGUGACCUCGAGGGAUAUUUUAGUCAGCGUCUUUCGUCUUGUCACUUACGGUAUUGAGGUUCUGACCAUACCUACCUUCAGUCCCGUGGGAGGCUUUGAAGGUCAUUUGUCCCGACUGUCUCUCUUCUUCUAUGGACUUUAUCAUGCACGACUAGUCUCCAGGGCCCUGAUAUGCAACUACCCUGUCCAGUAUCUGCCACGCCAUCCCUGGAGCAAAGGAAGAUGGGCAAGGCUGAGACAAAUACACUAUGUUGGGCUGGUGAAGAUAUUAAGUGCCUGCAUUUUAGUAGCUCAAGAGCUGCAUAACAUACAUGGACAGUUUGUACUCAUCAGCAAGAUAUAUCAUCAGAGAAACUUUUUGUACCGCAAACAGUGGCAGCAUCUCACUCUAUAUAUUACCUUCUUCCUGAGCGGGUGUGUAGAUGUGGUGAGCCAGAACGUGCUGCCCCAGAGGUGUGCUGCUCUGGAGCAAGGUGCCCAAGCCCUGGGCAUGUUUCUGUUUCUGCCUCUGAUGGUGUCUCACAUGCAGGACUCAGAAGGUGUGGAGCUGCAGUCUCACAUCCUGCUCACUCAGGCCAUAUUCCUGCUGGCGUUGGUGGUGAUCGCAGAGCUGUGGGCCCCUGAUGUGCUGCAACUUUGGGUGAUGAAGGCCUUUUUUUAUAUGAUGACAGGCUCUUGGCUGAUUCAGAUAGGCUUUAUGCUGUACAAACCAAUUUCUGGCUAUAAAUGGAUGGAUGAUGACAAAAACAACAUUAUAUUUGUCACCACCUUCUUCUGCUGGCAUGUGGCUUCCAUUGCCAUUUUGAUGAUCUGGGUCUAUGGCUUCUCUUUUUUGUGGUAUUGUUACAUUUGUUGA